AUGUAUCAGCAACACCAUCACUGGGCAAAUUCCACAUGUUAUUGCGUUGACGGUGAGCUCAAAGCUGGUGAUGCGAUCCUUUCCUCUCGGCCAGACGCCUUGCUUGCCGAUGGAGGAGCAUUCCUGCCUUCUCCAUUGCCGCCGCCGCCAGCGAGCUACAUGCCUCAUCACUAUUCGCAGCAGGCCCCUGCCAUUGUUCCUCCACCCAUGGACAGCCAGCUGCACGCCAUCACCCACUUGUCCCAGGCGUCGUCGUCAGACAUGGCUGCAGCAACGUCCUCGUCGACGUUUCGCCGGGCGUUGAGCACGGGAGACCUCAUCGUCCGGGACCGGGAGGAGGAGCAAAGGGUGCCGGUGGCGGCAAGGUACAGCGCGGAGGAGCGGCGGGAGCGCAUCGACAAGUACCGGAGCAAGCGCAACCAACGCAACUUCCAAAAGAAGAUCACGUACGCGUGCAGGAAGACGCUCGCAGACAGUCGUCCCCGGGUGAAGGGCCGCUUCGCGCGCAACGGCGGCGACUACACAGAGACGGAGGCGGAUGCAGUUGCAGACCACCAUGUUCAUGUCCCAGCAGCAGCACAUCAGUCAGAGUCAGAGUCAGACUCGCCGGCGGCAACAGCAGCAGCGCCGGAGUGGUGGCCGGCAGUGCAGGAGGAGGGCAUCAACCUAGCAGAGCUCUGUGCCGACGACGACGAGAUGCUGGCCGCCUACCUUGGAGUCUCCUCCAUCAGUAUAGCUGAUCAUCACUACAGCUGCCACCCAUAG